GCCGGCCGCUGAGACCCAGCGCAGGCCCGGCCCGGAGCGCCCCGCCCGCCGCCGCCCGGCUCCCCGCCCGCCCCCCGCCCGGCCCGAGCAUGGAGACGGCGGAGAAGGAGUGCGGCGCCCUGGGCGGGCUCUUCCAGGCCAUCGUCAACGACAUGAAGAGCUCCUACCCCAUCUGGGAGGACUUCAACUCCAAGGCCACGAAGCUGCACUCCCAGCUCAGGACCACGGUGCUGGCUGCGGUGGCCUUCCUGGACGCCUUCCAGAAAGUGGCCGACAUGGCCACCAACACCCGAGGGGCCACCCGGGACAUCGGCUCGGCGCUCACGCGCAUGUGCAUGCGCCACCGCAGCAUCGAGACCAAGCUGCGGCAGUUCACCAACGCCCUGCUGGAGAGCCUCAUCAACCCGCUGCAGGAGCGCAUCGAGGACUGGAAGAAGUCCGUCAACCAGCUGGACAAGGACCACGCGAAAGAGUACAAACGGGCUCGGCACGAGAUCAAGAAGAAGUCCUCAGACACGCUGAAGCUGCAGAAGAAAGCACGCAAAGAGCUACUUGGGAAAGGCGACCUGCAGCCCCAGCUGGACAGCGCCCUGCAGGACGUCAACGACAUGUACCUGCUGCUGGAGGAGACGGAGAAGCAGGCGGUGCGCAGGGCGCUGAUCGAGGAGCGCGGCCGCUUCUGCACCUUCAUCACGUUCCUGCAGCCCGUGGUGAACGGCGAGCUGACCAUGCUGGGGGAGAUCACCCACCUGCAGGGCAUCAUCGACGACCUGGUGGUGCUGACCGCAGAGCCCCACAAGCUGCCGCCCGCCAGCGAGCAGGUGAUCAAAGACUUGAAGGGCUCGGACUACAGCUGGUCCUACCAGACCCCGCCCUCCUCGCCCAGCAGCUCCAGCUCCCGCAAGUCCAGCUUGUGCAGCGCCCCCAGCGGCAGCGGCAGCGGCAGUGCCAAGGGCGGCGGAGCCCCGUGGCCUGGGGGCGCCCAGACGUACUCACCCAGUUCCACCUGUCGCUACCGCAGCCUGGCACAGCCAGCCUCCGCCACCGCCCGCCUCUCCAGCAUCUCCUCCCACGACUCCGGCUUCGUCUCCCAGGACGCCGCCUACUCCAAGCCUCCCUCGCCCAUGCCUUCCGACAUCACCAGCCAGAAGUCCUCCAGCUCCGCGUCCUCCGAGGCCUCGGAGACCUGCCAGUCCGUUAGCGAGUGCAGCUCCCCCACCUCGGACUGGGCCAAGGCCGGCCCCCACGAGCAGCCCUCCACCCUGCAGCGGAGGAGGGACCGCGUGGAGCUCCUGAGGGACGCGGAGCCGGGCCCGGCCGGCGGGGGCAGCGUGGGCCCCGGGGCCGACGAGGCCCCCCGCCCCCGCAUGUCCCCGGCCACCAUCGCCGCCAAGCACGGCGAGGAGGUGUCCCCGGCGGCCAGCGACCUGGCCAUGGUGCUGACGCGCGGCCUGAGCCUGGAGCACCAGAAGAGCAGCCGGGACUCGCUGCAGUACUCGAGCGGCUACAGCACACAGACCACCACGCCCUCCUGCUCGGAGGACACCAUCCCCUCCCAAGGCUCCGACUUCGACUGCUACUCGGUGAACGGGGACGCGGACGGCGAGGGCCCGCCCGAGUUCGACAGGUCGUCCACCAUCCCCCGCAACAGCAACAUCGCCCAGAACUACCGGCGGCUGCUGCAGACCAAGCGGCCGGCCUCCACGGCGGGGCUGCCCAGCGCGGGGCUGCCCGCCGCGGCCGCCGCCGGCUCCGGCGCGCCCCCCGGCGUGGCCACCAUCCGCCGCACGCCCUCCACCAAGCCGGCCGUGCGCCGCGCCCUGUCCAGCGCCGGCCCCAUCCCCAUCCGGCCGCCCAUCGUGCCCGUCAAGACGCCCACGGUGCCCGACGCGCCGGGCCACGCGGGGCCCACGCGGGCGGGCAGCGAGGAGUGCGUCUUCUACGGCGGCGACGAGGCCGGCUCGCCGCUGGCGCCGGACCUGGCCAGGGCCUCGCCGAAGCGGCUGAGCCUGCCCAACGCCGCCUGGGCCGCCGGCCCGGCCCCCGAGGACGAGGAGCAGCAGCAGCAGCAGCAGCAGCAGCUGGCCGCCAACCGGCACAGCCUGGUGGAGAAGCUGGGCGAGCUGGUGGCCGGCGCCCACGCGCUGGGCGAGGGCCAGUUCCCCUUCCCCACGGCCCGGGAGACGCCCGCCCCGCCCGGCGCCGCGGCUGCCGCGGGCGACGCCCCCGCCGAGGACAUGCUGGUGGCCAUCCGGCGCGGCGUGCGGCUCCGCAGGACCGUCACCAACGACCGGUCGGCGCCGCGGCUCUUGUGAUGGCGCCGCCGCCCCCCCCCCCCCCCCCCCUCCGCCCGGCCAGGAGGGCAGAGCCGGGCGAGCGUCUUUUUCCUCUCAAGUCACCAGGCAGAGCCGCCUGGUGGAGGACUCACCACGGACACGGAA